AUGGCACCAUUCGGCACGAUCUACUCAUACAUGCCCAGCCCUCGGGUCAUGAAGGCCCAGGCUGCGGCUAACAUCAACGGCCUCGAGGUGGCCAUUUUCCCCGACUUUGCCAUGGGAAAGACCAACAAGACCGAUGACUUCCUGUCCAAGUUCCCCCUUGGCAAGGUGCCCGCCUUCGAGGCUGCCGACGGCACCACCCUGUUCGAGUCCGACGCUAUUGCCCAAUACAUCGCGGAGAGUGGUCCCGCCAGCGCUCAAUUGCUCGGCGCUACCCCGGCCCAGCGCGCCACCAUCCGCCAGUGGAUUUGCUUUGCACAGGGUGAGAUCUUGGACCCCGUCACUCACCUCGCCCUGUGGCGUCUGAAGAUCCGGCCCUACGACGAGGCCACCGAGACCAACAACCUGCAGCGCCUGGAGCGUUCGCUGGGCUGUCUCGAGACCCACCUGAAGGGUCGCACCUGGUUCGCCAGCGAGGAGAAGGUCAGCAUGGCUGAUAUUACCCUCGCCUCCGCUUUGGUCUGGGGUUUCUCCAUGGCUAUCGAUGCUGAGAUGCGGGAGAAGUUCCCUCUGACUGUCGCCUGGUAUGAGCGUCUCAUCCAGGUUGACGGUGUGAAGCAGGCCUUUGGAGAGAAGAACUUUGUUGAGAAGCGUCAGCCCUACCAAGCUUAA